UGAUCUCAGAGAGCUGCUCUCUCUCAGUCUGUGAGGGCAGGAAAAUGGCCAGUAUUUCAGUAGAUCAGGACCAGUUCAGCUGUCCAGUCUGUCUGGAUCUGCUGAAGGAUCCAGUGACGACUCCCUGUGGACACAGUUUCUGUAUGGUGUGUAUUAAUGGCUGCUGGGAUCAGGAGGAUCAGAGGGGGGUCUACAGCUGCCCCCAGUGCAGAGAGACCUUCACUCCAAAGCCUGUUCUACACAGAAACAACAUGCUGGCUGAAGUGGUGGAGAAACUGAAGAAGACAGAACUCCAAGCUGGUUCUCCUGCUCUCUGUUAUGCUGGACCUGGAGAUGUGGAUUGUGAUUUCUGCACUGGGAGAAAACGCAAAGCCAUCAAGUCCUGUUUGGUGCGUCUGGCUUCUUACUGUGAAGCUCAUCUUAAACCUCACUAUCAGUCUCCUGCCUUUAAGAAGCACAAGCUGGUCGAAGCCUCCAAAGAGCUACAAGAGAAGAUCUGCUCUCAGCAUUAUAAACUGAUUGAGAUCGACUGUCGUACUGACCAGGAGAUGGUCUGUUAUUUGUGUAUGAUGGAUGAACACAAAGGCCACGAUACAGUAGCAGCUUCAGCAGAAAGAAACCAGAAAAGAAAUGAAGUGAAAGACAUGCAGAGGAAAUUCCAGCAGAGACUCCAGGAGAAAGAGAAGAAGCUGCAGGAGGUGAAACAGGCUGUGAAGACUCUUAAGAGCUCUGCACAGGCAGCAGUGGAGGACAGUGAGAGGAUCUUUACUGAGCUGAUCCGCUCCAUUGAGAAAAAGCGCUCUGAGGUAACAGAGCUGAUCAGAGCUCAGGAGGAGGCUCAACUGAGUGGAGCUGAAGAACUCCUGGAGCAACUGGAGCAGGAGAUUGCUGAUCUAAAGAGGAGAGACACUGAGCUGGAGCAGCUUUCACACACAGAGGAUCACAUCCAGUUUCUCCAAAGUUUCCAGUCUUUCAGUGUCUCUUCUGGAUCUGAGGACUUCUCCAGCAUCUCUGUCCAUCAACAUCUCUCAUUUGAUGGAGUGAGGAAAUCUCUCUCUGAUCUGAAACGGCGCACGGGGAAAGCGAGGGAGAGACGGCAGAGGCUUAUGGAGAAGAAGGGAUAUAAGCCGCGUCUCCCCUCCAUCAUCAUGGGCAACGUGAGGUCGCUGGCUAAUAAGAUAGACGAGCUGACAGCACUAGCCAGGAGUCAGAGGGAGUACCGGGAGUGUAGUCUAAUGUGCUUUUCGGAGACAUGGCUACACCAGGACAUCCCGGAUGACCAUGUUUCCAUCGAUGGCUUCCAGACUGUUCGGGCCGACCGGGGCUGCACCGAGAGCGGUAAGCGCAAAGGAGGUGGUGUCGCUGUGCUAGUCAAUAACCGCUGGUGUAACCCUGGUCACAUUACCAUCAAGGAACGUACCUGUUGCCCGGAUAUUGAGCUGUUGGCUGUCGGACUCAAGCCAUAUUAUUUACCACGCGAGUAUUCGCAUGCCAUCAUCGUGACUGUCUACAUUCCCCCCUCUGCCAACCCGACGUCGGCAAGUGACGUCAUUUAUUCAACAACAGCACGUCUCCAGACGCAACACCCGAGUGCCUUCAUCGCCAUAUCAGGUGACUUUAACCAUGUCGCUAUGGCCAAGGCACUACCACACUUCACGCAGUAUGUGGACUGUCCCACCAGAGAGGAAAGAACACUGGACAAGGAAACUCUGACUAGUAAACGUUUAAAAGAUGUAAAUUCUGUGAAUACGAUUUUACCCUCAGAGCCAAAAACUAGAGAUUUUCUACAGUAUUACUGUCGUCUGACUCUGGAUCCCAGCAUAAUAAAUAACCACCUCAGUCUGUCUGAGGAGAACAGAGUGGUGAUGUGCAGUAAUAACAUCCAGUGUUACUCUGAUCAUCCAGAGAGAUUUGAUGGCUUGUGUCAGGUGUUGAGUAAGGAGAGUCUGAGUGGACGCUGUUACUGGGAGGUUGAGUGGAGCUGUAUUAAAGGAUGUGUGCUGUACAUCUCAGUCUCAUAUAAAGGGAUCAGCAGUAAAGGACAGAGCAAUGAGUGUAAGUUGGGACACAACGGUCAGUCCUGGAGUCUGCAGUGUUCUCCCUCUCUCUCUUUCUAUCACAACAACAUUCAGACUCAGAUCUCAGCCUCAUCCUUCUCCAUAAUAGGAGUGUAUAUGGAUUAUAGUGCAGGAUCUCUGUCCUUCUACAGCGUCUCUGACACACUGACCCUCCUACUCACAGUCCACACCACAUUCACUCAGCCGCUCUAUGCUGGAUUUUGGCUUCAAUAUAUUGGAACAACUCUGAGCUUAUGUGACCCAAAAUAA